UCUAACAUUUUUUUUUGUUACGCAAAAAAUAUCACUUUACAAUUUCAAUGAAAAUUAUAUUUACUUUCAGCUAAAAAUUAAUUUUAAACUGCAUUGAUAUUAUAAAUAGUUUUAUUUAUCUCAAAUACUAUUGAUCAAAGAUGUGUAAUUAAUAAUAAUUUACAUAUAUUUUCAUCACUUUUUUAAUCUGUGUAAAAAAUGUCAAAAUGACACUUAUUGAGAAACAAAUGGAGUAUAUAGUAACAAAAUUAAUAUUAUACUACGAUUUAAUUUUAGAUUUGAAUAAUUAUGAGUUUUGUUUGAAACCUCUUAAUAACCCCAAAAAUUGAAGAUCAAACAUGUAAAUCAAAAUUAAUGUUCAAACGUUUCCAUUUCGAUUUUAACCAUGUUUGAUACAGUGAUAUUAUUAUGGCUCUUCCAGAAACUAAUUAUACCGUUUAAAAAAAAAAAACUUUUUUCACCAAUGAGAUCCAAACGUGUAUGACUUCAUCUAGACAACGAUCACUUGUGGCAGCCUAGAUUUGAGGAAUAAUUAAUUCAUUUUAAGCAAUGGCCUAUAAGUUUUUCAAAUUCUUUUAAAUAUAUAAAAAUCAGAAUUUAAAAUAAUGUUUGUUGCUGCCUUAAAAUACCCAUCAUUUGCAAGAGCAUAGAUCUUCUCUUAAGUCCCACUCUUCCUUUCAUUGCUUCUUCUCUGCUCCAAAGCCAAAAUCUCUUUGGUUAAUCUCUUACUUAAAACACAAAAAUGGUCAUUAAGAUUCCCAAUACUAUCAUUAAAAGCACCUCACUUCUCUCUUUAAUCCUAUACUUCCUAAUAACAACAACAUCUAAUCCUCAUUCCGUUUUGGGUGAUGAGGUUGCCGACGAAGAAGAUCCCGAGUUUUACAUUCUUGAUGAAGCUCUCACAAUACUCUCAAACGUGACAGUUUCAUCCAAAACUAGACUACUAGUUUCUAAGUACAAGAAGAUCAAGAAAGGAAUGAGAUGUCACGUGGAGAGUUACAACAUUUGCAAUGGAUUCAAAGCGAACAAUGGCACGAGCCUAUUGCAUUGCUGCAAGAUGCAUUGUCGAAAUAUUCUUGGAGACAUGAAUAACUGUGGUCGAUGCGGUAAGAAGUGUGGUUUUGGGCAGCGUUGCUGCGGUGGUGUUUGCACGUACGUUAACUUUAACCCUAACCAUUGUGGGAAGUGCACGAGGAAGUGCAAGUCAGGGUUUGAGUGUGAGUAUGGAUAUUGCGGGUAUGCUUAAUUAACUUUAUAAAAUAUUGAAAAGUGAGUGUUAUAAUUUAUAUUGUAUUUUUGAGCUGUUAUAUUGUUUUCUUUUGUGGAAGAGACCGUUAUAGCAUAUAUACUGUGAGGAUUUUAUAAGUAUACAAAGUCUUCAUGCAUACGCAUGUAAUGAUUUUGUGGGUGAGUAUACAUAUGUAACACAAACAUAAUUAUUAAAUAAAAAUUUAAAACAUAUAAAAUGUUAUACUUAAUCCU